AUGAUUUACCUAAAGAGUAUGCUAAAAGUUAUAGAUAACUCCGGUGCCCAACUGGCAGAAUGUAUUAAGAUUAUAAGAAAGGGAUCUCCUAAAUCAGCAGGUUCUAUCGGUGAUAGAAUAGUAUGUGUUAUCCAAAAGUCUAAGCCCUUAAAUCAAGCUAUUACAGGUACAGUAAACACAAAUAGAGUGAAAAAGGGUGAUAUCGUCCAUGCUAUUAUUGUACGUACAAAACAAACGAAUAAUUAUCGUUCAAAUGGGUUCAACGUCCAUUUUGAUGAUAAUGCAUGUGUCCUAAUUAAUAAAAACACUGGAGAACCUUUGGGCACCAGAAUUAUGGUUAAUGAUGGUGUCGUCGGUAGAGAAUUAAUGGAUAAGGGUUACAACAAAAUAUGCUCACUAGCUAGUAAAGUUGUGUGA